AUGCAUUCAGAUUUCAAAAUUUUUAUAGAUAAUUUACAAAUAAAUAAACAUUUGAUUUAUUAUAGCACUUUUGCUUUAAAACUCAAUUCAUAUCGCAUACUUUCUAAGCUAAAUUCUUUAAAUGAGCUCUUAGAAGCCUUUUAUUUAUUGAUUAUAAGCACUUAUGCUGAUUUUUUAAAAUGCUAUAUCUUUGAUCGUUCCCUGAUUUCAAUUCCAUAA